GUCAAUUCCGUCAUCCACAUCCCUCUUUUUCUCUCUGCAGACUUCUUAACCUUUUUUAGUCCUCUUGCCUUUUCCUUCACCCUAAUUUCUUUCUUUGCUCAGUUUUUUCUUAAUGUGUUUUACAAUUUGCCACUACUUCUGUUGUCAUCAUCACCUUCUCCUCUCUACAAAUAUGAACUUCUCUUAGCAUAAUAUAGAUAUAUUAAGAAAAACGAAGUCAGGUUAUUGAUUAUAUCUUCCUUUUUUCAAUAUGGUUGUUGAUUGCAUAUAUAGAGGAUUGUAGUGAUGAGCAUGUUUAAUUUUACAUAUGGAAAGAGAUAUACAUAUAUAUCUAAAGUAGUUGUUCAGAGUUAGUUCAGACAAAGAAUCCACAUAGCUUAGACAGUGACUUGAAAAAUAACCCACCACCAUCAUCAUCAUCAUCACCUCCUCUCUUCACGAGAUUAAUUACUCAUUUUACCUUUUUCUUUUUAUUGUAAUGUUUUACCACAAAGUAAAUGAUGUCUUUCUCUGUCUAUGAGUCCCUGCCACCCCUUCACUAGCAAGGUUCUGCAUAUAAUUAUUAGUCGUGUCCCAACCCAAGCUAGGAUUUUGCAUUUUGGCUCAACAAGGAGCAAAAAGUAGUCAUCACGAAACCAAGGUAAUAAAUACAUAGCUACGGUUUGGAACAAACAAACAAACCAAGACAUUAGAAUAUCGUAUCUUGCUUUUCUUCUCUUUCUUUUUCCUCCAACUUGGAGUUUUUCUUCAAAGGCAAUGUUCCCUUCAGUUAUGUCCAAUUCCAAUUCCUUGUCUGAAGAGGCCACUGUCUCCUGUGGUACAAGAAUCGGUGGACUCAAUCACGUAGUCACAACAAUCAUUUCUCCACAACAACCUCAAAAGAUCAAGAAAAAGAGAAACCUCCCUGGAAACCCUGACCCGGAUGCUGAAGUGAUUGCUUUAUCACCGAAGACUCUUCUAGCUACUAAUAGAUUUGUGUGUGAGAUCUGCAACAAGGGUUUCCAGAGAGACCAGAACCUUCAGCUUCAUAGGAGAGGGCAUAACCUCCCAUGGAAGCUGAAGCAAAGGAACAACAAAGAGGUGAAAAAGAAAGCCUACGUUUGCCCGGAACCUUCAUGCGUUCAUCACAACCCCUCAAGGGCUCUCGGGGACCUCACAGGAAUUAAGAAACAUUACUGCAGAAAACAUGGAGAGAAGAAGUGGAAAUGUGAAAAGUGCUCAAAGAUCUAUGCCGUUCAGUCUGAUUGGAAAGCUCACUCCAAAACCUGUGGUACUAGAGAAUAUAGAUGUGAUUGUGGAACCCUUUUUUCCAGGAAGGACAGCUUCAUAACUCACAGAGCAUUCUGUGAUGCAUUGGCUGAAGAAAGUGCAAGACUGUCAGCAAACCAACUGGCCACAAGCACCACAAACCCUUUGGUCCAAUCCCUAUUCCUUUUCCCAACCCAACAACACAACAACAACAACAUCAACACCACCAACUUCAUCAAUCCCUGGGACCCAAACCCUAACCCUAGCAACCUUCCAACCCUCCACAACGCCAUCAAAUCUGAAUCUCACAACUUCCACACUCCAAUCUUCAGCACCACCACCAACAACAACAACAUCUCUUCUCCUUCAUUGCUUCUUCAUCAUCCCCCCAAGACCAUGAUAACCUCACCCUACAGUGACCUCCACGUACGCCCCUCCAACGCUGCCACGUCAGCGCACCUCUCCGCCACUGCGCUGCUCCAGAAGGCUGCAACCUUUGGCGCCGCCGCUAUAACGGGCCCCACUCACGUCACUCCGCUCAGCAUGGCCGAGUUGGGAACCGGAUCGACUCAGCUGGACUCGGUGCCACCCGAACGCUACAUGAACAUGAGGGGCCUCACGAAUAGCGACGGUCUGACCAGGGACUUUCUUGGCCUCACCAAUGGCGACGCGGUGAACGUUAGCAUCGACGUCAAGGACAUGCUAACGUUCACGGGAGGGAGCGUAGAGUACAACCAUUACCACCACCAAGCCUACGAUCACCAUCAUAAUCAUAGCAACUCGCUUUUCAAGCCACAGCAUGGGUUUGGAUUCCUUGGGACAACCACUGGACCCGAAUCCUGGGGAAAUUGUGAGUGAACUGCUUUAGUCUGUGAAAAUUGUAAGCUUCGGUCACAAAAUUUCGAAAAAUGUUUACUACAAUCCUUAAUUUUACAAGAGUUAACGUUAACAACACACUCCUAGCAUUCUCUUUUAAUACACUCGUUUUUAUAGAUUAAAAUUUAUUGAAAACCACUUUUAUUAAUAAAAGUUUGUGAAGGGGUGUGCUGCUAACAGUGACCGUUUGUACUGAAUGACCUUGUUUAAAAUCAAGGACUGAAGUAAAAAUCUUGAAUCAAAGUUACUGAAGAGAUUGUUGCUUACAAUUUUAGGGACCAAUGUGUUGUGUUGGGUGUAAUUUCGAGAUAAUGUUCACACAAACUAGAGAGUGGAAUACCCUUGCUUGCUGGAACUUGUAUUUUUAUUUUACCCCUUUGAAUUACUACAGUUAAUGCUUUGCCUCAGAGUUUGGUUGAUGAAUUAAUUAUUAAAAGGUGUUUUAGUUU